AUGAGGCAAGCUGGGACAUACUCAGGAAUACUUUCUGGCGGUUUAUCUGGAAAAACUGGGCCUCACUCAUUGCCAUUGGCAAGAAUCAAGAAGAUCAUGAAGAAAUCCGGUGAUGAUGUGAAGAUGAUAUCUGGUGAGGCCCCAAUUGUGUUCUCAAAAGCAUGUGAACUCUUCAUCGAGGAGUUAACACAGAGGUCUUGGAUGAUCACCAUCCAAGGCAAGAGGAGGACACUUCACAAAGAGGAUGUGGCCUCUGCUGUUACAGCAACAGAUAUCUUUGACUUUCUUGUCAACUUGGUGUCUAAUUCCAGCCACUCCAUGGAUAUUAAUCCUGUGGAAAUCGAAACAACUAGCAAAUAA